AUGGCGCCAGCUGCGUUGUACCCCCCCUUUCAGUUUACAGAUAUAUAUGGAACUAUGGAAAGGCGUGCAAAUCGGCGACCACGCCUGUUCGUGGCGCUCUACUUUGUGUUGAUUCUCGCCGUAGCUCGGGGGAUUGUCACACUGUAUGUGUACUUCGCCUACGAUGGAUCGGAAAAUCCCGUUCGAUCGUUGCGAGACUACGGCUUUGGCUCCUCCGAGAACGAGAAGGACAAUGUGCCGAAGUAUCCUAUGCAUACGGGCUCGCAUGCUACGUUGCGUCCCGAUACAUUUCCGGCCCUGAUGGACCCGGCCAUGAACAAGGAGCCUCAUGAUACCUUGUAUGCUCCUGGUGCGAAUCCACAUUUGGGCGAUAUUGCUCCAGAUGUGCUAGCGAUGCUCAGAUCGCCCCCGAAACUGGUCGCGCCUCCGCCGCCCAAGCCCUUGAAUGUGACGACGAAUGCGUCUUGGAUUUAUGUACCCUGGAAACGCGAACUGAAUGGAUCCAAAACGCGUCCAGAGGAUGCGAUGCACCCCUCCAAGCAUGCACAGGAGGAUGAGUGGCGGCCGUACCCCUUCAAUUCAUGGACGUCGCCGCUGGCUGACGUGGAAACGAUCCGAGUGCAAUCCUUGCCGCGCAUUCAAUACGCCUUCGAGGAUGACUCGAAGUAUUCUGGACAACGGAAUAACCCCAGCCGCGAUGCGGAGCUCAAGCGGCGGCAGGCCAUGGUCAAAAGUGCCUUUGUACGGGCAUGGCAAGGCUACAAAACCUAUGCAUGGGGGGCGGACGAAGUUCGUCCUGUGUCGGAGAAGCCAAACAACAACUUUAAUGGAUGGGGUGCAACGAUUGUCGAUGCGCUGGACACGCUGCUUAUGAUGGGUCUGCACGACGAGUACCGCCUAGCGCGGGAGCAUGUGUACGACGUCAAUUUCCACUAUGUGGGUGGCCAACGUAGUGCGUAUGGCCAAGCGGACGGACGUGUGCCUGUGUUUGAGACAGGGAUUCGGUACUUGGGUGGUUUGCUAUCGGCCUACGACCUUUCAGGGGAUGCGCUCAUGCUCGAGCGUGCGGAAGAGUUGGGCCAGCUGAUAUUGCCUGCCUUUGAAACACUGUCCGGAUUGCCUGUGGGCCGCAUGCAUAUGGACGAUUCGAAACAGUAUACACCAGAGAAUCCACGUGGGUACAAGGCUUCGGUGAUUCUGGCCGAGGCGGCGAGUAUGCUUCUUGAGUUUACGCGGCUCUGGCAAGUCACCGGCAAUCGCACGUACUUUGAUCGUGUGCAGCGUGUGACGGACUACAUUGACCGCAAUCUCACUGACAAGAGCCAUAUGGGUACGCUUAUCCCGACGGUCAUUUAUCCGGAAGGCAAGACCCUGGCAGGGAAAUACACGUUUGGUGGGCAGGCUGACUCGUACUAUGAGUACCUGAUCAAAGAGCACCAACUGUUGGGCGGCAGUACGAAGCAGUAUGCGCGUAUGUAUGGUGAUGCCAUCAACUCGGCCAUUGUCCACCUAUUUAAAGAAGUGGAUGUCGUGCCCAAAGCGCCAUCGUUGGCCGUGUGUGCCGAAUCGUUUGGACUGGGACGAUACUGGGCCAAGGUCGAGCAUUUAGGCUGCUUUGCCGGUGGUAUGCUGGCGCUGGGCUCCAAAUUGCUGACAUCGCGCCAUGAUGAUCUAAACAUUGCGCGGCGCUUUACGGAAACGUGCUACUGGGCGUACAAUAGCACGACCACAGGGCUGGGCCCUGAAAAUCUGGAGUUUUACCGGCCUGAUGACCAGGAUCGGUACCAUGUUCGUUCCCUGCUGGACGGCACUCGUCGGCGUGGCCAGCCGUCGGGCUACCCGUACAUUGGUGUGCGUGGGCUGCAUAAUGCGUACCACAACCGCCCUGAGUCGAUUGAGAGUGUCAUGUACAUGUGGCGCACGACAGGCGAUCCUGUGUGGCAGGAGCGUGGCUGGCAGAUGUUUGCCUCGUGGAUGACGCAUGGGCUGCUCCCCGCUGGCAUUUCAGCCAUCCGUGAUGUGGACGAUGUGCCUGUGUCGUACACAGACAGUAUGGAAAGCUUUACCCUGGCCGAGACACUCAAAUACUACUACUUGCUGUUCUCGCCGCCGAACGUGGUCUCGUUGGACGACUUUGUGUUUACGACAGAAGCGCACCCUCUUCUUGUCCCCCAGCGCGGCCGCUGGGCGAAAGCCGGCGACGUACCGCCGUCCCUACCGCGCUACACGCCUACGACAGACGACGCAUGGCAUCGGCCCCGUGGGAACAUGACGCAUGGCCAGCAGCAGCAAUUCUACGAGCGCGCACACCAGACGCCUUCCUUGCCGCCGAUGCGCGGCCAAAACCCGUGGCUGAAGGGGGCUGGUGGCGCCGCUGCUGCUGACGCGGUUGAAGCGGUCGAGUCUGCCGUUCGUGCGCACAAGGCCAAAGUCGCGUCGACGCAGACAGCGCCUGCGGAGCCGCAGGCGCUGUUUUCCGUGACGCAGUCUCUUUCACACGCACCUGUCACGACGAGCCUGUCGGUGGUGGCCGUGGCGACUACGACGGCGUCGUAA